UUUCAACAUGCAACAUGGCGACAGAGAAAAGUCGAGAAGGGAAUCGACUAACCCCAGUUUUACGCAUUGAAUUGUCACCAGUAGAAGAACUAAAACAACGCCAUUGUCAGUCUUCAGAAACGAAAAAAAAACAAAGAUGUGAUAAAAGGCGAAAAGAGUACGACCAGAAGCUAAAGGAGGUAGAAAGACGUAUAAACAUUGCAGCCGGCGGAGAGCCGUACAUCACGUUGGAAAACCGUGUCGACUUUGAGAAGUUUCCUGAACAGUUUAAUUACACUUGUAAGAAUGUUGCUGGUCCUGGUGUGAAGCUCUGGCCAGACCCAGCAUAUAUAGUUGCAUGCGAUUGCAAAGAUAAGUGCAGCGAAAAAAAUUGUAGCUGUCCACUUUAUUCUGGCAGUGAGUUUGCUUAUGAUGAAUAUGGUAGAGUUACCCUUGCUAGAAGAAGACCCAUAUACGAGUGUAAUAUGAAGUGUCCUUGCCAGCACAAUUGUCGAAAUAGGGUUGUGCAACGUGGUCGAAGGGUUAAUGUUUGCAUUUUCCGCACUAAGAAGAAAGGUUGGGGCUUGAAAACCUUGGAAUACAUUCAUGCCAAUCAGUUUGUGACAGAGUAUGUUGGUGAAAUCCUUACAAGUGAAGAUGCUGAGAUUCGUGGUCAGAAGUAUGACAAAAUGGGACAGACAUAUCUCUUUGACUUGGAUUAUAAUGAGGGAGAUUGUCUUUAUACAAUUGAUGCAUAUCGCUAUGGAAAUGUAGCUCAUUUUAUGAAUCAUUCUUGUGAUCCAAAUUUGGUUGUCUAUGGUGUAUGGAUAGACAAUGCAGACCCCCACCUACCCCAUAUUGCCCUAUUUGCCACCCGUGACAUACAGCGAGGUGAAGAAUUGACAUUUGAUUACCUCAUGACACGCAACAAUCAGAGUCCAUCAAAAUCAACCCAGCAUAUGAAAUGUUAUUGUAAGUCAGCAAACUGUCGUAAAUGGUUAUGUUGAAUAUAUUUUUCUAUUUUCUAUUUAUUAUACACACAUAUGGCAUUU